AUGCUUUUCAACUCUUUAUCAGCGGAGGCAGCACUGCUUCUCGCCCUUCCUCACCUCGCUUCUGCAGCUACCAGAAAGUUUGAUUUUGAUAUUGGCUGGGUCAGAGCUAAUCCUGACAAUGCUUUCGAGCGCCCAGUCAUUGGCAUCAAUGGCAAGUGGCCAAUCCCUACAAUCGAGGUUGACAUUGGUGAUCGGGUCAUCAUCAAUGCUCACAAUAACCUGGGCAAUCAAUCAACUUCUCUGCAUUUUCAUGGUCUCUACAUGAACGGCACUACUCAUAUGGAUGGCCCUGCCGGCGUCAGUCAAUGUCCAAUUGUUCCUGGAACCAGCUUCACUUAUAACUUCACUGUAAGGAUGCUCAAGAUCCCCUCUCUACCUCUCAAGAUUCAAUUAACAUAUCCACCACAGGUCGAGCAACCAGGUACCUAUUGGUAUCACAGUCACACUGCUGCUCAAUACCCUGACGGUCUACGUGCUCCCUUCAUUGUUCACGAUAAAGAUUUCCCCUACAAGGAUAAGUACGAUGAAGAGGUUAUCUUUUCUCUUUCUGAUUGGUAUCAUGACGAGAUGCGAUCCAUGAUUCCCAAGUUCAUGAGCAAGGCCAACCCUUCAGGUGCAGAGCCCGUGCCCAACAAUGCCUUGAUGAACGAAACCACCAACUUCACCAUGUCUGUCAAGCCCGAGACAACCUAUCUGUUCCGUACCAUCAACAUAGGUGCCUUUGCUGGCCAGUAUCUCUGGUUUGAGGGUCACAAGAUGCGCAUUGUCGAAGUCGAUGGUAUCUAUACCGAAGAGGCUGAGGCAGAGAUGAUCUACAUCUCGGCUGCUCAGCGUGUCAGCUUUUUGCUCACCACCAAAAAGGACACUUCCAAGAACUUCCCAAUUGUCGCCAGCAUGGAUACCACUCUUUUUGAUGUCCUGCCCCCGGAUCUGAACUACAAUGCCACCGGCUGGCUCGUCUAUGAUGAAAAGGCCGACAAGCCAGACGCCGCUACUGUUGACGCUUUGGAACCUCACGAUGACAUGAAGCUUGUUCCAUACGACAAGAUGGGCAUUCUUGGAAAGCCUGACCAGGAGUUUACUCUUGAUGUCAAGAUGGAAAACCUCAAGGAUGGUGCCAACUACGCCUGGUUCAACAAUAUUACCUACGUCGAGGCCAAGGUUCCCACCCUGUAUACCGCCCUCAGCGCAGGCAAGGACGCCGAAGACCCAAGUGUUUAUGGCACUUACACACACUCCAUGGUCCUGAAGAAGAACGAGAUCGUACAAAUUGUCGUGAACAAUCUCGAUUCUGGUCGUCACCCUUUCCAUCUUCACGGACACGCAUUCCAAUCCAUCUACCGUUCCGAAGAGGAGGCUGGUAUUUGGGCCGAUGCCAACGUUACUGAGGCUGAUUUGCCCAAAACUCCUAUGCGACGUGAUACUCUUGUCAUCUAUCCCAACGGUAACAUUGUUAUGCGUUUCAAGGCCGACAAUCCAGGUGUUUGGUUGUUCCAUUGCCACAUUGAAUGGCACGUAGUGUCUGGUCUCAUUGCCACUUUCGUUGAAGACCCUCUUACUCUUCAAGAGACCAUCCAGCUUCCUAAGAACCACCUGGAUGCCUGUGCCGCUGCUGAUAUGCCUACCAAGGGGAAUGCGGCUGCUAAUACCGAGAACUUCCUUGAUCUUACUGACGAGAAUAGACCUGCCAAGGCUCUGCCUGCUGGAUUUACUCCUCGUGGUAUCGUCGCUCUUGUCUUCAGCUGUAUCUGCGGUAUCCUGGGUGUAGCCGUCGUGGCAUGGUAUGGAUUUUCUGCAUCGAUCGACCCAACCAGUGCCGGCGCUCUCAGCGCUGGUAUCGUUGAUGGCAGUGACUCAGGCGACGGCAAUCCUGCUCAUAAGGGACCUCAAGAGACAGUUGUUUCCCCUUCAGGUGAUGCGAGAAGUCACUGA